CGCGUUAGACACCGAUGAAUUUUCCGCUUUCCCAUUGCGUUAAUUUGCAUACUCCUGUGAGUCGAUCGAACUUUGUAGCCGGUUAUUUUAUGACCGAACUUUGUAACGACGGUAAAAUGCACAUUAUCCCGUUAUGUAGCAACGUAUUUAUCAUGUACGAGCGUUUCUAGGAAUAAUCGAACGAUUUCUUUAGCAGAAUAUUUUUCACAGAAUACGAUUAUUCCUCGAGAAACUGUCUGAAUUAAGGUUAAAUUAAAUGCCGUUGAAGGUUAAUUUAAUCUGAGGCUAAAGCCCGGCCGAUAACGAGCCAAAGGAUUGCGAAAAGAACGAUUCCGCCGCCGCUCUUCCCGAUCGCCGUCCCUGAACAAUCAAUAUGGUCUCGCUUGCUCGUUCGUGGGGCACGCCACAGUAAGCGCGGCCAUGUUUUUUCUUCUCUCUCUCGUUCUUCUGCGGGAACUUUAGUGCAGUUGGCUCAGGGCGCCUCGCAGCGCGCUAGGAUCGUCGAUCUGAUUAGUCGAGCGGCUCCGCUCAGGAAUUGUCGACUUGUCGCGCGAGUUAGUUGAAAGAAAAUCGACGGUAAAAGUAAAGAGAAGCGUGCGUGUGAUUACAUUUUUUCUUUCUGUGCAGAGAAUGCGAGAGAGAGAGUGAGAGACAAGAGGCGGUGAACGGCGUCCCGCCAUCGGUGACGGACAAGGAUCGACGAGUCCGCGUCGUCGAUGCUCGUCGAUAAGAGCGUCGUCGGGGUGAGAUCGAUCGUCACGCUGGAGAGCGGCGUGGCAGGUGGGGCGAGGAGCCGAAAGAGACUGACCGCAGUAGCAGCGGCAAAGGUACGGAAAGGGUGAACCGGAAGAGGAACGUCUGCAAGAGACGGCGGGUUGUGAGAAGAAUAUUCAAAGGUUCGCUGAGAAAAGGGGGACCCAUGUACCGGUAGCUGAGCGCAGGUAUGACACGAUGAGGCCCGUCUCACGUGUAGGCGCGCGUUGUUACUUUCUACGGCAAGCUCGUCAUUUGUAGCAGCCAGCUAGUCGCACGCAUAGGCAUGGCCGACGUCGCACCGUCCACGGGCGAUGAUGACCUCGCCGCAGCGACAGCCGAGGAUUGCCGGGCGCCGCCGGUGACAGAGACUGGCGGCGGCGAUAAGGAAAAACAUCCAGCCGUCGCCAAUAAUGGUAUUGCGGAUGACAAUGUCAGUAUCCACGAGAUUCUCGAGAGCAUGACGAAUGAGUUUAACAAGGGUAUGAGCUUAGGAAAGCAUGGUGAUAAUGAUAAAACGGGACCUGAAGAGGUGACAGCGCCGCCGUCGCCGUUGAAGAUUGUCGAUGAGGCGCCCAAAGGGGAAAAGGAGUGCGACGGUGAGGAGGAUGCCGCGACUCAGGAGGUCAUAACAACGCCUUCCCCCGCGCCAGAGCAAAAUCAUAAAGAUGAGGAGGAAAGCUCGGCAAUGUUAGACAAGCAAGAGACUAUAAAGAAGGACAAUGGCAUAAACAGGAUUGUCUUGACGUUUAGAACUACUGAUGAAAAUACGGAUCAUGGCAAGAAGACCAAGAUAUCCAGCUGCUCUAAUGCCACUCUGCUUACUCAAGAAUUGCUGACCAAUUAUGUUCAAAUUGAUGGUGUUUCGGUAAAGCUAGAGGAUUCUACGGAGACAGAAUCAAAGAUUGUAGAUAAGGAUAAAGCAGAAGACACCGAAGAAAAGCGCGAUGAUAAGCAGGAAUCUCCUCCUCCUGUCCAAAAGAAGCCUGAAACUACGGAGAAUAAAGUUGAGAGUAACAAUGUCGAGGCGCCGCUUGCAGAAGGUACUGAGCAACAAGAAACUGCCACACCAGUCAUCAGGAAGAGAAGGGCUGGCCGACCUAGAUUGCGAGCACUUAGCGAUUCGACUGUCCAGGAAGAGGAACCUCCUGGUCCCAAACGAUCGGCUAGGAGACUUUGCAAGGAGUCCUUGAAAAGUACCGUAUUAGAAAGCGCCAUGGCCCGUAAGGAAAAGUCUAAUUACACUGGAGAGUUCAAGAGAAGGAAGUACAGCAAACCAGGUCGGCCGAAGAAGCUGAACUCAGUCAAAGAUCAAGCGAAGCAGAAGUCGUCCGACGUUCGUGCGGAGUCGGAGACAUUGCCUGACGGCAACGUUAGCACAUCUGAAAGCGUGAUACUGGAUUCUUCGCGCAAUACAACAUUGUCAGAGAACAGCAUAAAUGACAGUGUCGCGGAGGAUGUUUCAUCAGACUUCGAAGGCAUGCCGAAGCUCUCGCCGAUGACGAGAAACUCGGAAUCGCUGACUAAACUAAGUAACUCCAUCGGCAGUCCCGUCAACGACGACGUACCGCUAGCAGACGUCGAGAAGCCCUUUCUGAAACCUGCCACGGCCACUCGACCUAGAAGAGAGAGAGGACGUCCGCGCGGAAGCUCGCAAUCUGCGCGAAAGAUAGUAAAAGCGGAUACCUACGAAGAUAGUUCUCCGUCUGUUGCAGAGGCAGGAAAGAAUAAUGAUUAUCCUGAAGAAAUGCCAAGCAAAAGAACUCGUCGGAGUAUGGCGCCGAGUCCAAGUCCCGCGGAAGGACAAGCGUCGAAGCCAGAGUCCACGGCGAUCAUGAGCGAAACAUAUGCUCAGUCUAUGUUGUGCCUGUGCCAAGUGCGAUCUCAGUUAUACGUGACGAUAACUGGUUCCGGGGCACCACUUUAUUGCACGGCGCUUGACUCGAUUGAUAACCGUGUGAUAGGUUGUUGCAAUGAAGUGGACAGCAAUGAUGUGGCCAUGCGAAGACCAAGCACCCGUGUGCCCUUUAUUAUCCUUUGUCGUAUGCAUAAGGAACGGCUGUUGCGCCACAACUGCUGUCCAUCCUGCGGCCUAUUCUGCUCGCAGGGCAGGUUUGUGCAGUGCACCAACGGACAUCAGUACCAUCGCGAGUGCGAGGUUUACCCGAACAAAAAGGGCGUGUGUCCGCACUGUGGUGGCGAAACUGCCGCAUAUGAUAUACUUGUGACAAUGAAUGGCAUGCGACGACCAGUUUUCAUUCCUACGCGUAAAAAAUUCUCCAAGUUACCAUCAGCAAAAAUGACUUUACCUGGCAAGGGUGACAACGCAAAGCUGGCCGAACGUUCACCCAGUCCGUUGAUUAAGCCUGCUGAUAUCAAAAUACCAGAACCGACGAUCAACACCGAGAGACCGGAGCGUUACACUAUUAUGAGUCUCUACACAUCUGUGAAGAACGGGGAUCUGGAGAAAUUGGUGAAUGUAUUAGCAUGUGGCUAUAAUGCGAAUCACACAUUCCGAGAUUACGCUCAUCGUACCGGUCUGCACAUAGCAGCGUUUAAAGGUCAUCUAUCGUGCGUACAUGUUCUGGUCCAAUCUGGUGCUCAAAUAGACGUUAUGGAUAGAAACCAAUUGACGCCCUUGAUGCUAGCCGCUAGUAAGGGUAAAGCCGACGUAGUAAGAUAUUUGAUUAGGGUAGGAGCCGACGUGACGUUGAAGGGCGAGGAUGGUAUGACCGCCUUGCACAUGGCGGCCAAGUCUGGUCAUCUAGAAGUGUGCAAGAUUAUUCUGACUGAGUGUAAAGCGCCGAGAACGUUAGUAGAUUCCGUGGACGACGGUGGGUGGACGAGCUUAAUUUGGGCAUGCGAAUUCUGUCAUGCGCAAGUUGCGCGAUAUCUGUUAGACAAGAAGUGUGAUCCACUUAUACGCGAUGCCGAGCAGAACAUAGCAUUGCAUUGGAGCGCCUUUAGCGGUAGUGCUGAGAUUACAGAGAUGCUCCUCAAUGAGGGAUGUGAUGUGAACGCUGUCAAUGUUCACGGUGAUACUCCUUUACAUAUAGCAGCUAGACAAGACCGAUAUGCGGUUAGCGUUCUACUGCUAGCACGCGGUGCUAAAAUAGGAGAGGUAAAUGCUGCCGGCGAAACGGCAGUGAAUUGUUGCGGCACGGAUGGCGAUACCAUGGCUGCCUUGAGAUUAAACGCAAAGGUCAAUGAACUCUCCGAGCAUAUGUGGGAAAAAACUGUGAAAAUAUUAACUAAUGACAUUUCGCGAGGCAAGGAAACGAAUCCUAUCCAGUGCGUUAAUGGACACGAUUCCGAAGAUAAGCCGACUGAUUUUCUUUACGUAACUGAAAAUUGCUUUACUAGUAAUAUCAAUGUAGAUCGUACGAUAACGUCGUUGCAGUCCUGUCGUUGCGAGGACAAUUGUAGCUCCGAAAAAUGUUUAUGCGGGAAUAUAAGUUUGCGGUGUUGGUAUGACGAAGAGGGGAAGCUCAUACCUGAAUUCAAUUAUGCAGAUCCACCAAUGUUGUUCGAAUGUAAUCCGGCUUGUGACUGUAAUCGCGUUACAUGCAACAAUCGAGUGAUUCAGCACGGGCCAACACAGAGGUUUCAAUUGUUUCGCACAAAGGGCAAGGGAUGGGGCUUACGAACCUUGCGACACAUUCCCAAAGGCACCUACGUUUGUGAAUACGUGGGUGAAAUAAUCUCAGACUCCGAAGCUGAUCAUCGCGAAGAUGACUCUUAUUUAUUCGAUUUGGAUAAUAGAGACGGAGAAACGUAUUGUAUAGAUGCGAGACGUUAUGGGAAUAUCGCUCGGUUCAUCAAUCAUUCGUGCGCACCGAAUUUGAUGCCAGUACGAGUGUUUGUCGAGCAUCAGGAUCUGCACUUUCCUAGGAUAGCAUUUUUCGCUAAUCGCGACAUUGAGGCGGACGAAGAACUCGGUUUCGAUUACGGCGAAAAAUUCUGGAUAAUAAAGUGCAAGUCCUUCACGUGUACCUGCGGGGCUGCAAACUGCCGUUAUUCCGAGAAGACUAUACAAGUUACACUGGAUAACUACCGGAGAAAGAUACAACAGGAGGAAAUGCAGGCAGCUCAAACCUCAUCAUAACCUCAUUAUAACUUUAAUGCGUUUUAGCUUAAUUCUAUAGGCGUCCGUGAGAAUUUUCGCGAGCGAACACAAACGGCAAUUCUACGAAUCGUUUUGUCGACUAUGCGCUAGUUUUCCGCGUUGGUUUGCCACGACGCGCGCGAAAUCGUAAGAGUACAAAUGCAAAACGGUGGUGGGAUGAUAAACAUUCGAUAUUAGGUUUUCUCUCGAUGUCUACUUAUGGUAAAAAUGCAUCGUCUGACUUUGUGGUUUCAAUGACACUUCGGAAAAGUCGCGUCCGGUCUUGUUUAAUGUUUUUGCUGAGUACCGAACAUUCACCGAACGCUGUAUCGAAAUGAAAUUGACGGCCGGUCUGUUAAGUAACUUUAUUGUUGUCAUUCGAUUUUUGAAUAUUAGAAAAUUUUAAAUGUAUGUUGAUUGAGAAAAAAGUUUGUGAUAUAACUUGUAAAAAAAAAAUAUA